UUUAGUAUGUAAUAGUAAAGUUGGUGUAUCUACUAGAAAUAGUAUACGAAUUUUUAAUGAAAAUUCUUUAACAUCAUCUGAAAAACCACUUGUAGAUACUAUUUGUACUGUCUUAGAAACAGAUUUAAAUGAAGAGAAUGUACAUUCUCUUGUUAUAUGUAAAAAGUGUUAUAAAUUAUUUAAUGAGAUUGAUGAACUUGAAAAUCGACUAUCAGAAAUAAAAUUAGAAUUAUUCAAUAAUUAUAAGAAAACUAUAAAAAAAUUAUCUGAUAUUCAAAAUGAAGAAGAAUAUAAUGAUCACGAUUACAUAGAAAACAUAGAAAGUCAAGAUACAGAUGGAGAAUUAAAUAUAUAACAAAAGAUGAACAAGAAAUGCAAGAUAUGGGAGAAGGAGAAGAAGAAAGAUUAGAGGAAGAAGAAGAGGAACCUUCUUGUGAGCCAGAGGAAAUCAUUCUUAAAGUUGAACCUAUACCAGAAACAAGUAAUGCUGAGGAAAGAAAAAGAAUAAAACGGACAAAAAUUGCACCAAAAGUUGAACCUUCUCAAGAACGAAUUGUAUCUAGGGAUGGUUCUACAUAUACCUGUUUAUUAUGUACAAAUGAAGAAGAUAAAGCUGUAGGAGAUGCAAAAUCUAUUAUUGCGCAUGUAAGAAGCGUACAUGAAACUCGUUUAUACAUUUGCGAUAUAUGUGGUGAUGAUUUUAAAAAGAGAAAUGAAUUAUCUGUUCAUCUUGAUGAUCAUGUUGCUAAAGAAGAGGGAGAUUUUCAAUGUGAAAUAUGUAAUAGAAUAUUUAGUAAUUUGCGAUUGUUUAGAAUCCAUAAAAGAAUACAUUAUCCACAAGUAAAAUCUUGGCCAUGUGAGACUUGUGGUAAACGAUAUAGUUCCAGAAAUUUAUUAGAGGAACAUAUCAAUACACAUACGGGUGUUCGUCCAUAUGUAUGUGAAAAUUGUGGUAAAGAUUUUGCUUCAAAAUAUACUUAUAAAGCUCAUGUAAAAACACAUGAGAUACGACCUCGUCCUUAUGAAUGUUCACAAUGUAAUAAAACAUUUUUAAGUCAACAAAAUCUUAAUCAACAUGAAAGAACCCAUAAUGGUGUAAAAGAAUAUGUUUGUCACCAAUGCGGAAAAGCAUUUGGUUCACCACAUAAUUUGGAAGUGCAUAAUAUAGUGCACACUGGUUACAAACCUUAUAUAUGUAGAGUAUGUGGUAAAGCAUUUGCCCGUAAAGCUGAAAUUAGAGAUCAUGAAAGAACACACACUGGAGAGAAACCAUAUCAGUGUGAAUUUUGUGGAGCUACAUUUAGUCAACGAUCAAAUUUACAAUCGCACAAACGUGCAACACAUUAUAAUGAUAAGAGGUAUAAAUGUGAUGAUUGUGGAAAAGGAUUUAAACGGCGAAGAUUAUUAGACUAUCAUAUAAAAGCAGCCCAUACUGGUGAAAGACCAUACAAAUGUGAUAUAUGUACAGCAACAUUUGUAUACCCUGAACAUUUCAAAAAACAUAUGCGUAUACAUACUGGAGAGAAACCUUAUCUUUGUGAGGUUUGUGGAAAAGCAUUUAAUAGUCGAGAUAAUAGAAAUGCACAUCGAUUUAUACAUAGUGAUAAAAAACCGUAUGAAUGUCUUGUAUGCGGAAUGGGUUUCAUGAGAAAACCUUUAUUGUAUGCUCAUAUGCAAACUCAGGGCCAUUUAAAUGAUACUAUUGUGGUCAAUCAACCGCGACUCACUACAGAAGAUGAUCAAGUCAUAACAAUUUCUGAUGGUAAUGUGGAAUUUUUAGUGGAUGAGGCAGAAAAUGAUCAAUUAGAUGAAAAUGAUUUAUAUGUGACAGAAUUAAAAGAUCAUGUUAUUAUACAACAGCAAAAUGAGGAUCAAAUGUAUAAUGAAGAAGAUGUAUUAAAUAUUUCAAAAGAAGAAAAUGUUGCAGAUGAAGAAGUAAAUCAUCUCGCUGAUGGAGAGAUGAAUUUUGUGGAAAAUGAAGUAAUGGAAUGCAAAGUUGAAGAUUCAGAACAAGUAGAAGAGGUAUACAAUUAUAAUGAAACUGAAGACGGGGAAACAAUAGUUGUACCAACUAUUUCGGAAUACAAAGAAGAAGAAGAUGAGAAAAAUGCCGUUCGAUUAGUGCAAAUUCGAUUUCCAACGUCGGUUGGUGGGGAAGGCCGAAGUUGGUUAAGCUUAGUACAAAACACGUGAAUUUUUGUGUCAUUAUGUACCAUAGCUCUCUGAUUAGGAAAUCGCUUUUUUAAUAAAUCUUUAAAUCAAUAUUAAUAAAAACGUACUAGUAUACAUAAACGAGUGGAUAAAGAAAUUCGCCUUACACAAAAUGGAAGUAUGAUAUUACAUGAUACAAAUGCAAUUUAAUUGCAAUAUCAUGUGAUAGAUUCAUGUUUAUUUAUGUGUAUGAAGCUAUAUUAUUCUUCUCAUAAACAAAUAAAAAAAUAAAAGAUAAUACUAAUUCUAUAAUUAACGUAAAUGGCAAAAAACUUAAAGCGAAGAAUACUGCAUCACGUUUAAUAUAUUAAGUAUAUAUUUAAGUUUCAUUUGGGAAAGAUUUUCUCAAUCAAAGUUGACGCAAUAGAAAGAAAUUUUAUUAUAGGGCAAAAAUAUUAAAAAAUAAUAACAUACAAUUGGACAUCCGAUAUAAAACCGAUAUUUAUAAAACCAGUCAGUAGUAUAAUUUUAAUUGUAAUUUAAUUUUUUUAAGUCGCGUUUAUGUUUAUGUUUCUUACUUCUUUCGUGUUUUAUAAUGAUUACUGCGCGUAUUAAUAAUACAUGCAAAAUAAAUCGAUGAAAAGUGUAGUUGGUCGUUUCAAAAUGAA